AUGGGUGGUCUGGAAUUAGAGUUUAGUCAACUCCCCAGGAAAAUAGCCGAACACCGUCUUGAUCGAUGCGCUGAACACUUUGAGGCUCAAGUCAACUGGCUCCCAUCGACAUCUGACAUAUCAAUCCCUACAUCGAUUGGGCACAUACUCCCAGUUGAUGCCAUUAUUCCAUCUGAAGUGGAGGUUUCCCGGGAAAUAAACCAUCUCAAAAGGCAUAAGGCCUCCGGCUCAGAUGGGCUGUUCCCAUUGGCGUUUAAAGAUGGAGGUUCAGCUUUGGUCUUGGAGUUGACGAAACUCCUGGAUCCAAGUUCCGAAGCUCAGGUUACCAGUUUCCGUGACGGAGCAGCAGGUCUUCGAGAAACAGGCACACUUAGAUCGUUAGUGCUCAGAGUCACUUGGCCUGACGGAUAUCCGGAUAUACCUCCCCUCAUCUCACUGGACUCCUUUUAUAAUGGUCAUAUUUCGUCCACUGUGAAAGAGGCUAUACUGCAAGACUUGAAUCUGUUGGUCAAUGAACAACUUGGAGCAGCCUUAACUUUCUCUUUGAUUGAUCAGCUGAAAGAAAACUCAGAAAAAUAUUUCGAUUCAAUUGAUUUGGAUCAUUUAACACCCAAACAGUCAGAAUUGGACGCCUGUGGUGCACGCGAUGUCGAGGAAACUUGCUCUAUCUCUCAAGAAGUUAAAAAGUCGGUGAAACGCGAACAGCUGACGAAAGCACAAAAAAGACGACAACUGAAUCGUUUAGAUGAGAAUGGCGAACUGCCAAGGGGUUGGAAUUGGGUCAGUGUUGUGAAGCACUUACAGCAGCACCCCCCUGAGGCGUCUGUUUAA